GGCCGCCGGCGCCUGAGCGAGCCUGUCAGCGUUCCCCGGGGCCGGGCCGCUCCGAUGGCCUCAGGGGGGCCGCGGCGAUGGCCCGAGAGCCACGAUGCGGGCGGAGCACUCUGUCUUCCCUCCGCGGCCAGCGUCGUCUCGCCGGCGCGUGGGAGCCGGUGGUCCUGGCGCUGGUGGCGUCGUCCUUGUGCAGGUGACGAAGCCCAGACGAGUGGAACAGCGUUUCCUGCUCAGACCACAAAGCAGCCGUCUCCGCCCUCCUGCGCGAGCUCGCCAGGGACUCCGUCUGAUGGACAGGUCGUCGUGAGCACCGGCCCCUUCCUUUGGGCCCGUCAGCUGACCGUGUAGGGGUAGAAGGAAGGAGCCAAGGCUCUCUGCUCCCCCACCAGGCCAGGUGAGGCCCCGGAGCUGUAGGGAGAUGAAGUUCGGCUGCCUCUCCUUCCGGCAGCCUUAUGCGGGUUUUGUCUUAAAUGGGGUCAAGACCUUGGAGACGCGUUGGCGGCCUCUGCUGAGCGGCCACCGGAACUGCACCAUCGCCAUCCACAUUGCCCACAGGGACUGGGAAGACGGCGCUUGGAGGAAGCUGCUGGCCGAGAGGCUUGGCAUGAGCCCCGCUCAGAUUCAGGCCUUGCUUCGGGAAGGGGAGAAGUAUGGCCGCGGUGUGAUAGCAGGGCUUAUUGACGUUGGGGAAACUUUGCUGUGCCCAGAAGACUUAGCUCCGGAGGAGGUCGUGGAACUGGAAAAGCAAGCUGUCCUGAGCAGCCUGAAGCAGAAGUACCUCACUGUGCUUUCGAACCCCAGGUGGUUGCUGGAGCCCAUCCCCAGGAAAGGCGGAAAGGACAUCUUCCAGGUAGACAUCCCAGAGCACCUGAUCCCCUCGGGGCGGGAGGCCUGAGGAGCGGGCAGGCUUAGGGAGGAGCGCUGCGUCCUGCCCCGGGAGCUGAGCGUCCGUCGGCGACAGCAGCGUGGUCUGGCUUGGCCCCGCUGCGGAGGCCGCUAUGGCUGCGUGCUGUUCGUGGACCCCGAUUUCCGCACUCCCGUGUGGGGACAGCUCGGCCGGACUUUCCUUGGGAGCUGCCCCUCUGGGCUCCUCGACAGCCUCAAGGACCCUGACCUUCAGGAGAAAGGGCAAGCUGCCAUAAAGGCCUUUGCACCUCAACUAAUUUGGAUUGUACAAAGAAAUCGGUUUUAAGAGAACUAGUUAGUGGCCUUCUCGUUUCUGGUCAAAAGUCAGCGAGGGCUUGAACAGCAUCCAGGGACUGUUGUGGAAGGCAGGCCCGGGAGUGGUCAGCCACGUCGGCCCCUUCACGGUGACGAGGACAUCGGACUGAGAAACAGAGCACCCGCCUGUCCUCUCAGAUGACUGUUGCUCUGUUGUAAAAGCGACCCUUGGCCCAGGAAGUAUGCGUGUUCCACACAUGGCACGGCUACGUCGUGUGCAAGAGGACCCUAAAUACAGCCCUGAUGGGAAAGUGAUUGA